UGAACAUCUCCCAACACAGGGAGCCAUAUCGCCAAGCCAACUAAUCGUCUCUGUUCUAGAAGCCAGACAUCACCAACACAAUGACUUCACACGAAAAGCACGUCUCCCCACAAGAACGAGCCGACAUAUCCGAAACACCACCAACAAUCAACCCCAUCGACCUCCCCUCCAAACUCCUCCGAGCAGCCUACUUCGUCGGAAAAGUCCCCCUCAAAUCCCUCCGCAGCGAUCCAAGAAUCUCCUACGCAAUCUAUGUCCCAGAACAAUACUGCAAAAUACACGACAUCCCACAGAACCCCGAAAAUGACAUCCCACCUCGCCUUCCACUGGUCGUCAAUAUCCACAGCACCCGCCGCGACGCCAUAACUUGUCGCGACUCACUCAUUGAUUUUGCAGAUAAGCAUGGCGUAGCCAUUUUAGCGCCUCUUUUUCCGGCGGGACUGGAUUCGCUGUUUGAUUUGGACAGUUAUAAAAUUCUCCGAACGGAAUUUUUGCAAGCAGAUCUAAGGUUGUUAGAUAUGUUGAAUGAAGUAGGACAUAUCUGGCCAGGGAUAAACACCGACCCGAUCAUUCUCGUAGGCUUUUCUGGUGGAGGGCAAUUUGUGAAUCGAUUCAUGUAUUUGAAUCCGGAACGCGUCUCUGCUGUUGCUAUUGCUGCUCCGGGACAAGUCACGAAGUUGAACGUGUCUGAGGCAUGGCCGAGAGGGAUCAGGAAUGUUGAUGAAGUGUUUCCCGGGGAGGAGGUCAAUGUUGAUGCGAUCAAGCAGAUUGAGGAUGUUUUGUUACUUGUUGGGGAGGGUGAUGAGAUGUCGGAUGGACAGAUGGAGUUGUUGCAGUGGUUGGCGAGAAGGAAAGCGAAGUUGAAGGGAGAGACGGUGGAGGAGAAGCUGGGGAGGAUGAGUCGGGUGCAAGGGGUGAAGAGUUUGCAGAAGGACUGGCGGAAGCAUGGGAUUGAGGCGAGGUUGGAGAUUGUGCCUGGUGUCGGCCAUAGCUAUCAAGAUUUGUUGCCUUCGCUGAUCGCGUGGUUGGAAGAGUGUUCUGCUAUUGUUGAUCGAGAAUAGCGUAUGCACGAGCAAAGUAUCUAAUAUGAGAUUCAACGUUUUGCGUUGCGUUUCCUUGCUGCUUUCUUAUUCUCAACCAAUGCGGUCUUCAAGACUUGAAGACUGCCGCGCUCGUCCUUGGCCUCUGAUUUCCGUCCAGCCUGCUCACGUUUCUCCUUGUUCGCGUUCCUGCGACUGCGUUCCUCCAUAGCUUUCUUCUGAG